AAGAAAAAAAAAAGAAAAAAGGAAAAUAAUACCUCGUUUGCGAUCCGUCUGAUACGCUGUACUUGCGGUGUAAGAUGUCUGCGACGCCUCGGAAACCUGGAACGCCCGUUGGGUCCAACAGGUCGUCGAUGUCGGGUGAUAAUAACAACGCGGUCAAUGGGUCGACUCUUCGAGGCCAUACACGGUCCCCGAGUGCGACUACGAACGGACUGAGUCGCAGCCCGUCGACCCGCGGGUCGACUCCCGUGUCUGCACGUGCGGCCGCCAGAAAACCCGGUCGCUCCAAUCUGAGCAUGUCGAACGUGCCCAAGAUCACUGAUGAUGCCUCCGAGGAGGAGGAGGCGCGCGCCCAGAAUGCCGCGCUGAUUGCGGACCUCAAGGAACAACUACAGAAGGCCGAGACCGCGUCGGAACAAUAUCGCAAACAGCUCGGUGUGCUGCAGAUGCGCCUUGACGAGGCCGUGAGUGAACAGGGAAAGCUGGAGGACCAAGCCCAUGAGAAGGACAGCAAGAUCGAAGCGUUGAAUUCGGAGAUCCGCGAGCAUGUGCGGCAGAUCCGUGAUCUGGAACAGACCCAUGAGAUGGAACGCAACGCCAUGCUCCAGGAGAAGGAACAACAGGCAAGCCGCGAGGAAGAGAUGCAGGCUACAGUCCAGCGCCUCAAGGAAUCCCUAGCGCAAAAGGAAAUGCGUAUCGUGGCUGACGGCGAGCGCAACGUUUCCCGUUCAUCAAGCUUUCGGAAUCGUUCCUCCCCGGAACUGGAUGCACAAUUUGCCCCCUCGUCAGCCCAGCUGGAACGCAGCCCGUCGCGCAACAACUCCAAGUUGCUGCUGCAGAAGGACAAGCUCAUCGAGUCGCUUCGGCUGGAGUUGGCCGAGUCCCAGAUCAAGCUCGUGGAGAUGGAGAAUAUGGGCGGCGGCCGCCAGCGGGAACUCGAAAAGGAGCUUCUGGAGGCUCGCAUGGCCAACGCUCGGCUGAUGGAAGACAAUGAGAGCUACCAACUGUUGCUGAGCGAGCGGACCUUGAACGGGGACUUCGCCAAGGGCGACUUCAUGCGUGAGAUUCACCCAGACUCUCAGGAGGCGAGCAGCAGCGGGCUGGGGUCGCUCGCAGAUGAGCUGCAGUCGGUUGAUGAGAAUGCCGAAACAGACAGCCCCUCCCGCAAGCUCGAAACCGAGGUCCGCACCCUCAAAGACCAGAACAAGGCCCUGACCCUCUACAUCGAGCGCAUCAUCAGCCGUCUCCUGCAACACGAUGGGUUCGAGGCGAUUCUCGAUCGCAAUGAAAGCGAUCCGCCGGCGAAGAAACCGGCCCCGAGCAGCGUCAGUAGUGCCGACAAGGACUUGCCGCCCACUCCGCCAGAGAAGGAAGAUUUGGCCGGUCAAUCAUUCCUGCAGCGGGCCAAGUCCGUCGUCUCGGGCCAACCCCUGGCAUCCAAGCCGCGCCCGCGGCCCAUGAGCUUCAUGCCUCCCACCAGUAACCCCGCUCCCACGGCCCAUGAGAAUCCCGACACGGCGCCCAGCAUCCCUAUCAGCCGAGCCACGUCUGUCCGGGCUGGCCAUCGCCGAACAAGGUCCGAGCAAACAGAUGGAGCCGCAGCGGCUGUCAUCGGUCAGAUGUACCGUGGCAGGAACUCCGGCGGGCCCAUCAGUCCGACCACCAUGGGGCCUGGUUCCCGCCAGAGCGUCUUCUCCGGAACCCCCAGCUAUAUCUCCAGCAUGGGCGCCAGCCACCGGGCGGCGUCCCUGUCCAGCCAUCAGGACCCCGGCCGGUUCAGCAGCUCCAAUAGUGUCAGCAGCGAUCUCCACGGCGACACCGUGUCUACGGGCGCCACGUCCAGUCCCCCGCGCUCCAGCAGCGGGAUGACCAACUACACCGGUGCGGUAAUGACGCAAAGCAAGUUGCGCCCGCUCCGGCUGGUCCAGGAAAACAACGAAGCGGCGCUGGAAGAUGAAGCCGCCCGGAAGAAGGCCAACCGCGCCAGCUGGAUGCCUGGCUGGUUCAAUCGCUCCAACACUGAGGAGAUGGCAUAAAUGCCCUCCUCUCUCUCUCUCUC